AUGAGAGAAGACUUACAACAAGCGCAAAAACACAAUGUGGAACUCAUGAAACAAAACAAGAAGCUCAAAAAGGAAAUCCAGGAGUUGAAACAAAAUCCGAUGGUAGAAAAGUUCACGGAGGUUAAAGAUCACGUAGAAAACUUGAAGAACAAAAUGUAUAUACUCAGCAGCGUAGCUUCAGGAGCUGCCGAGACAAUUGUGGAACUGUCUCAGAUGUGUUCUUCUGGAAAACCAAUGGAAACCAGCUCAAAUAUGACUACUGCAUGUUCUUUGCUUCAUGAUUCCGGGGAUGUGAGUCUGACAGAUGCAACUUGUAGUGCUCCUGCUGUCUCGGAGAGCACGCUCAAAAAGGCAUUUCCAGACGUCAUUAAACACAAAAGGGCACAUAAAGAGAAGCAUCCACUUCCGACGCACUGUAAGCAGAAGGUGUGCCCACAUUUUUCGAAAGAUGACACCGCUGCUAAUUCUGAAUGCACUGAAAGCUGGUCAUUCUGUAAUGUUGUUGCUUCAUUGAGCCCAUCCUCAGUUUGCAAUUGUGAAAAUACUCGUGUCAAUUACACGGAGAAGCGAAGAGAGCAAGACACCUAUACAACAAAAACAACUGCUCAGUUUGAAACUAGAAAGAAUACAGAGUCCGCGCAUUCGGCACACAAGGACCAGAUGCUAGAGGCUUGGGUGGCAGCAAGUAGACUUCAUACGAAAGGAUCUACCCUCGAUAAUGAAAUGCCUUUUUACAAUUCACCGAAUUCUGGUAGUGGCGAUAAACCACAGAGUACUUGUAAUGCAGAACGUGUUUCGCAGAAUUCACCAGAGAUAGCAGAGCUACGAAAGUCACCCGCAACACCGAAUCCGCAAAGAAAAAUUGGUCACCAACAAGAAAACAGACCGAAAUCAAGAUCACCUUCUUCUCGGAGAGAGGAAUCCCCUGUAACUAUUCCAUUUACAGGAAAUGUAAAAUCUAAUAAAUCACUCCAGAAGCCCACGACUUCUGGUUUCAAGAGGCGCCCGCUGAGUUUUCAUAAAAUUAAAUUGAAAAAAUGUGAUGGCUUAAAUAACACAGCAAAUCAACAUCUCAACGUCAAACAUUGGGGACUAUGUUCUUCAGCUGUCUGUAAUAAAGAUAAAAAUAACAUAGAAUCCGGUUUCUCGAAAAGUGCUUCCCAUAAAGUGGGUGGACAAGAAAGUGCAGCUAAAGCCACGUUUUUGACUUCUGUAUCCACCCGAAUUUCAAAGUCACAAAAAUUGAAAAAAGGCGCCAACAAAAUGUGUAAGAACAGCCUGACUGGUUUUCCAAAAACAAAACUCAAAACAGGACAACAGAAACUUGCAGAGCAGUUCCCUGUGUUCUUAAAUGCAGAAAAACAAAAACUCGGCAACGUGCUGAGCAUGCCUGCAGAUAAAUCGACUUUCCCUCUACCUUCAUUUAAAAACACAAAUGAAACUCUGUCUACGAAAUAUGAAACGUUCACGGUAGACAGGCUAUCAAAUAUAAACCUUUGUAGCCUCAGUAAUAAACAAGUUCAGCUCGAAGGAAAUCUCGUACAUUCCGAGAUGCUGAAAGAUAUUUCCCCCUCUGAAGAAGACGUUCAUAGCAAGAGACAUGCACAACACACGCAGCUCAAUGACUGUGAAUACAGCACAGUGGGAACUAGCCAAGAUGUUUUUGAUGAAGAGAAUUCUAUUCCCUCUACGCUAGAAUAUCCGUCGUGUAUUAAGGCAGACUGUCACCACCAUGGAGAUAAUGUCUUUCAAAAACGCUGUCUUGAAAGAUUAGGGGAUGACGUCAAACAUAAUGAAUUAUCUGUUCAAACGUCUAAUGAUUAUAGUAAUAAAUGGUCCACCAAAAAUAACGGGGUCAGUUCUACUGACCUAAGCAAAUAUAACGAGUUUAAGAAUGCCGACACCAACAUAGGGGGAUCAGAAAAUUACCACAGGAGCGCAGUAAAUUGUACAUUACCAGACCAGCAAAAUCUUAGCAGUGGGACACAGAGGCAAAUUAAUAUUCCUGUGGAAAGGAGAGAUCAAAACGUUGUCACUGAUACACAUAAUGAUAGAAACUCUAUGUAUUGCUACACAAGGGCUCAUUCGGCAGUGCUUAAAAGGGAAAAAUCUGGUGAAGGUAGAGACAUAACACGUGAUGUAGACAUUGUUUGUUAUUCAAAUGGUUGUAAAAUAAAUACAUUAAUGAAGACAACGAAACGCCGGCCUCAUUCUGUUGCAGGCAAUCGGUCGAAGACAAAUAUCUUUGAAUCUGAAAUAAAAUUCAAAACAAUAAAUUCGAAUAUAAAAUCCUGUUUCGUGCCCAUUAAUGUGUCAUGUAAAGAAGGUGAUAAAAUACAUGCCAGCCGCGAAGGAACAAAAGGAAAUUAUAAUAUAGUAUCACGAUUUAGGCCAGUAAAUGAGACAUCUCAAGAUUCAUCAAGAAAGUGCAAACGAAACUUUAGAAGGAUCUUGCAUUCUAGAACUGACAGAUCAAUGAGCCUAGGUGUUUUUUCUAGAUCUGUGGCAAGUAAUGAGAAGGCUCAGUUGAAACACUUAGCUUGGACAAACUGCAAUGCUGCAGUAGAAUCUAGAGAGACGACGGUUAGUAAAAAUGCAUCUGAAGAAUCGGACAGCAAUAAAACCCUGCAGGCGGAAACAUCUCAGGACGGCCAAGCAAGUAACGAUGUCUCUACCUACAAGUCAUGCAACACGGAAAUGCUAAAUGAAACCCACACUGAUAGUUUGGGGUACCAUUGGCCGCCAUCAGUCUUCAACCAAGACAACUCAUAA